UGGGGAGGUUCGACGACAUUUUCUCCAUCCAGACACUCUGUCAUUAUCUUGGAACUGAAAGAGAGCAUUAACCUCAGAGCUCAGUUUCAUCGCCAAUCCAAUGUCGUGAACCAGGUGGACGAAGUGACUGGCGCAGACACCCCCUCUCCACUGCGUGGCCGACCGCAUCUCACUACCUACAGAGUACACUGUAAUAAUUAAUCCUUCUAAUCCAGAAUGAUGCGAUCAAGAGAUCCUCGAAUCCGUCAAACGAUUAAUCAAAUCUCUCACAACCUCGAAUCUGCAAACGAAACUGCCCAAGAAGGCCUGUACACCUUAUCUCAUAAUUAUCUCUCACCAUGCUUUGCGUCCGUCGGAAAUUGCCUCUACGCAUGCGCCGCACCCUGUCUUCCUAGCCGUGAGGAGCAGCUUCGACGUCGAAGACGUGGUCGUGCAGAAGCCAAUUUCGAUUUCUACGAUGACUGGGACAAUGACGUUGCCAACGGCAGCCUGUUAGGUUGGGGUACGGAUGAGCUCGAUCGUCUGCUGGCAGGAAGUGGUCUGGCCCGUGGGACCUCCGAGCAACCCCGAAGGCCGCGGAACAUGAGCUACGGCACUCGUGGCGCAAGGAGGAAGAACAGUGUGCUUGUCCCCGAUACUCGUGAUGACCCUACAGUUAUACCUAGCUCGUCUUUCCUGGGCUUUCUGGAGCGUUUCCCGUGGCGAUUUGGGGCGCGAGGGAUAAAGUACCGACCGUCCGCUGCUGAUCUGCAAGAGCAUCCCAAAGGGCUCCGGCGACAUGCAUAUGAAGAUGAGCCGCUUAUGGAGGAUGAUGAGAUCGAGGGACAGGCUUCCAACGGAAAGAAUGGGAGGUAUCGGAGCGAGACACAAUCUUCACGUGAAACCACCAAUUCGUUGAGCUCACGAGGGGAUCUGUUCCCUAGUGACGAGGAAGAAGAUGCGGUUCCUUUGGAUGACGAGUUUGCCAUGGCUCUAGGCAGUCGUCGGGGAACUGGAUUGGAUUCAGAUGACCAACUAGGAGGCAGACCCGGGUAUUUGAGGUCUGCAUCGGGAACUCCAAGUUUGAAGACAUCUGCCUCACGGGAGUCGAAGAUGAAAAAGAAGAGCACUCGAUUGAAGUCCCCGCAUUCUGUGGAAGUCACUCGUGAUAUCGAAGCACCUUCCCUGGCCGAUUUGCAGAAAGAGGACGAGCGAGCAGCUCUUCAAGAGGAGUCGGAAAUUGUGAGGAAACGACUAGCAGCACACAAGCUGGCUGUAACGCGGGGAUUUGAUCCAGAGAAUAACAAGUCGGCAUCACCAUCUCUCUCAGCACGGUCUCCGAGUGCAACAGAGGCUGUUUAUUCCUCGUCUCCCGGCCAGACACCCCUUGAGUCUGCAGGCGAAAGAGAAUCCGCGGAUCAUCAUUCGCAAACGGAACCUUUUCCACCAUUUCCGCUGACACCGUCGCCAACAGAUCGUCCACACCUGGGACUUACUGAACGUUCAGUCCAACCUGGUGCUAAUGGAGACAAUUCGUCACAGUAAAUCGAGACUGGACAGUGGCUUGAGAUGAGAUCUUUACACUUUCAUCUCAAUCAUUCCUGGGAAAGCUAGAAUCUAUAGUUUUAGUUUUCUUUCCCG